AUGGAUAAGCCGGACUUGUACAACCUCGGGUGUGCUCCCCUCACGCUGCUGGCCGCCAAACAGGUUGACGAGCUGUGGCCGGUCCUCACGUGGCCGAGGCAGCCGCUGCCGGUGCUCGACAUUGGCUGCGGGCCCGGUGACGUCGCCAGGAAGAUUUUAGCUCCGCGGCUGCCACCGGGUACGAAGCUGGUGGCCUGCGACAUCAGCACAAAGAUGCUGGAGUUCUGCAGGCAGCACAACGCACUGCCGGGCACCAUCACGUACAAGCAGCUGGACGUGGUUCAGCCCGACCUGGAGAACUCCGCCGUGUGGCAGUACGCGCCCUUCGGCAAGGUGUUCUGUCUGCUGCUGCUGCAUUGGGUGCCCGACAACAGGUUUUUAGUAUUAUUGUUGUAA